AUGGAUGACACUAUAUCAAAGAAUCUAAGUGAAGCGUUAAAUGAUAAAGGAAUUAGAGAAUUGCAAAAUUUAAUCCAUGUAUUGAAUUAUCACAGUGGAAUGAAUUUAAACUGUCCUCAAAAGGAUAUUAUUUCAGAUUUGUUGCCUGACGAAGAAAUAAGUGAGAGUGUCAUGGAAAAAGACGAAAGUGAUGAUGUGGAAGUCGAAGACGAAAGUGUAGUUACAGAGCCACCUUCCCGUAAAGAAGCUACCAAAGCUGCAAAGAUAUUGAGUAGGCUUUUAUUGCAUCAGGAGACGACAACACCAAAGACUCUUCUAAUAUUAAGAAAAAUCCAAGAUGAAAUUCAAUAUGACAUCAAUUUUAAGAAAAACCACGUCACAGUUGAAUCAUUCUUUAUCAAAUCAGCAUAA